GCACAUCCACGCAUGAACUACGCCAGGAACUUGUGGUCAGUCUUGGGCCCUGAACUUGUGGAUCGAUCGCCGGCGCAUACUCACACCUUUCGCUGCGUGUGAUUUUACAGAUUUGCAUUACGAAAACACGGCCAGGCAGCCGUGACUGUUUCCGCCCCCAAAUUGCGCAGCAGCAGCAGUCGGUGACUCCCGCUGGACACACAGAGUCACGCGCUGUCCAAACAGCAUCAAAGCAGGUCAUGAAGCAGGUCGCGAAGCCUCAGCUGCGCCGCAAAGAGUGUUCUCAUCUCAUCUGAAGGACCACGCGUACGUCCUGACUGUGGCUUUGCAGAUGCUCUGACUGCUUUCUCCUGACAAACCUGCUGCACAGCCACACAGCUCAUGCUCGUGACGAGGCCGCCACAAAUUUCAGGUACAUAAACUAUAGCGGCCUCGUCGGCUCUCCAUCUGUCCAAUUCUCUGGCUCUUCAUACGUCCUUUACGAUGGCCAAUCGCCAGUUUCGCACAUUUCUUCCAUAUUUGCGCGGCAUCGACCCCGAGGCACUGCGCAUUGGAUCUCUGUAUCUGAACCCGCUGAAUCCUGAUGACGGCCUAGAGAACAAGCGCUUCGAAUUUUUGCAGGGGUGAGUGCAAUUUCACAUCUUUUCGAUUUCACGGAGCCGAUGCGACGAACGGAUGGAAGCAUUGUUUCGAGAAAAUUUCGCUUCGCAAGAGAAAAUCGUAGGAAGGAAAACGGACUCAAUGCUUUUGUGCUCAUUACGCUACGAGACAGAACGUUAACGACUUGCAGAGUUGACCAAGACCAAUAUGAGUCAGAGAUCAAGCCGUAUUCGUGGAGAGAACAAAGGGAUGAUCGCGGUGUAUCUCUUGAUUUCGCCAUAUCCAAGGACACCGCAGCAGGCUUUCAUUUCUCAGAAUGGCUGCACAUCGACGGCGAAGCCAAUGCAAAAAUAGCCGCCGUUCUCGAGGGUAGACAAGGCCGUCGGCUCAAGCUGAGGUACCCGCAAAAGUUUCUCAAGGAGAAGGUUAUGACUCAGCAAGGUUGCGACGAAUGGAUCCGAACGCAAGCCUCGAUUUCAUUCAAAGGCAAGUUCGGUCACCACAAGUGGAAGGCUCCCGAAAUUUGGAUGGUCACGGGCCUUCAACUAGUCACUGGAGGUGACGUCUAUGCGGCUGGUUCCCGUGACAAGAAAGUCGAGGGCGGAUUGGGCGCGGACCCAUCAGUAGCCGCUGGUUUACCUCCUGGAACGCUCAAGGUCAAGGCUGAGGCGAGUCAUGAACAUAGCGAGCAGGCGAGCAACGGCUACGGCUACGAAGAUGAACGGGUAUGGGCUGCACAGUUUAUGGAAAUCGACAUUGAGUACGGCGACGACGACGACCCAGCACUUCAGAAGCGCGAGAAGAGCAAAGACAUGCUUCCCAAGACGAUAGCUGAUUUCCGGCUGAAAGACAUUGCGGAUCUCCGGGCCAGAGGCAUCCGUGGCUUGAAAAGCGACGGCGAGAAAAGACUGCAACCGAAACUCCGUGCCAGAAUUGUCGCACACGAAGAUGAAGAACUUCCGGAAGAUCCCGACGGCAUUGACAUUGAUGAACUACCAUAUGUGGAUGCCCUUAAGGGGACGUCUUGGGAUGACUACUAUGAAUGUUUCAGAUACCUGGAUGAUAUUGCACGAGACUCGCCCGUGUCGGACUGAGCUCUUCGGAAUACGGCUCUUUCAUGGCCUCCUCGAUUUGCAGCGGCUAGAUCGCAAACAGUUGCGCAGUUCCAGCCGAAUAAUGAGGAAGCAAGGGAUCGUUCUAUGUCCCGGCUGGGGCAUACGCACCUGAAAUCUGUGUCAUGGAUUCGUAAAAGUUAGGGAGGGAAUUGUCUUGUUCUCAAUUGGCUGGUGGCUUAUCUGACUAUUACUGGCAUACUUCUAUUUUGAAAUGUGGUUUAACGAUACCCUAUCCAAGAGAUCUAGGCGUUUGUUGGCAUCAGAAAUCGAUUGUGUAAUGUAAUUUGAAAUAAUGCCGUCUUUCUGUUGCAAAAGACGUGUUCAUCCGCGCUAAAAAAAAUGCUACCUCUAGUCAACCCGAAGUAA